GAAAUUGGCAGUCUAGAGUCUAGGUAUAUUGGGUGAUAUUGUCUUCGCUUAAAUGUUUCGCGGAGGUUUCACUUACACUAUAAAAUUCUUCGCGGCAAACGACAUUCGCGAUAAAGUUUUCUGAAUUGACCUGAUACGAUUCUAUAUGCCUAUGCAUAUAGUUGAAUUAAGAAAACAUUUUUUAAACCAAAAUAAUUCAAAAGAUUAUACAGCUCAUUUAUCAAAAGUACAUUCUGUAGCUUGGAAUUGCCGGGGAGACAAAUUAGCCUCUGGAUCAUUAGAUAAAACAGCUUGUGUUUAUGCAUUAGAUAAAGAUAAGCUAAUCAAAGAACUUUCUCUCAAAGGUCAUGCGGAUACUGUCGAUCAGUUAUGUUGGCACCCAAUUAAUCCUUACCAGUUAGUUACUGCAAGUGGUGAUAAAACAGUUAGAUUAUGGGAUAUAAAAUCGUCAAAAAGCUAUGCAAAUAUUCCAACAAAAGGUGAAAAUAUUAAUGUUUGCUGGUCACCAGAUGGUAAUACAAUUGCUGUAGGUAGCAAAGAUGAUUUAGUAACAUUUAUAGAUGUUAAAAAACAGUCAAUUAUUGCAGAGGAACAAUUUAAAUUUGAAGUCAAUGAAAUUUCCUGGAAUAAUGAGAAUGACUUAUUUUUCCUUACGACUGGUCAAGGAAACAUUUCAAUUUUGAAUUAUCCAGAUCUUAAAAUUCAACAAGUGAUAUAUGCACACCCAUCAAAUUGUAUUUGUAUAAAAUUUGACCCUACUGGAAGAUAUUUUGCCAUUGGAAGCACAGAUGCCUUGAUAAGCAUAUGGCACUCUCAAGAACUCAUAUGCUUAAAUGUGAUAGCCAGGUUAGAAUGGCCAAUUAGAAGUGUUAGUUUUAGUUAUGAUGGAAAAAUUUUAGCUAGCGCUUCGGAAGAUCUUAUUAUUGAUUUGGCCAAUGUUCCCACAGGUGAAAAACUUGGGGAAGUAAAAUGCCGAGCCUCUACCUUUACUAUAGCAUGGCACCCUUCAAAAUAUAUAUUGGCAUAUGCAUGUGAUGACAAGGAUAAAUCAGAUAAAGAUGCUGGUACUGUAAAAUUAUAUGGGGUGCCAAAUGAAAUUGUUGAUACAUUACCUAAUUAACUAUGUAUUUUUUUGUUCGAUAAUUGAGGGAAAACAUAUUAUGUAAAUUAUAUAGUAAAAAAUUGAAGAUGUUUUUAAGGAAAAAAUAUUUUUAAAAAAAUGUAAAUAUGCCUUUAUUAUUACGUAUAAUGCUUGUAUUAUU